CUGAAUCUCAGGGUCGCCUUCGGGCGUGUAACUGGCGGUUAUUUCCAUUCUGACGUAUCUCCAACUCAUCUAUUAGAAUCUCCUUCUGCUAAAAUGAUGCAAUUUUUGAUCUUGUUUAGCCGUCAGGGAAAAUUAAGGCUUCAGAAGUGGUAUAUUUCUUAUUCUGAAAAGGAAAAGAGGAAAAUCUUACGCGAUCUCACUACAAUUGUGCUUUCACGAAAGCCGAAAAUGUGUUCGUUUAUUGAAUGGAAGGACUUGAAAGUUGUCUAUCGUCGGCAUGUUCACUUCUGUUUUAUAAUUGACGUUUUUAGUUAUGCUAGUCUAUACUUCUGUGCUGCAGUUGAACCCCAGGACAAUGAGCUAUUGACUUUGGAAAUAAUCCACAGAUAUGUGGAACUUUUAGAUAAGUAUUUUGGUAGCGUAUGUGAACUCGACAUUAUAUUCCAUUUUGAAAAGGCAUACUACGUAUUAGAUGAGUUUAUGUUAGGAGGAGAAGUUCAGGAGACUGGCAAAGAAAGCGCUUUAAACGACAUUGACAUGCAAGAUUUAAUUCAAGAGAUGUCAUUUUUACAUGGUAUUAUUGAUUUUAAUCCUUUGAUAUUCGUCUUUCUACGGUGAUAUUGGGUGCAGCAACAUCAACCAAUAUAUAUUUGUAGCCGGUCCUACACUGCAUAUAUUCAUUUUUUUGACUUUUUGAAGUCACUGGUGUUUAUCCUAACUUGUCACAAACAACUCGUUUUUAUCUAUUUCGUCUAUAUUCUAAGCUUAAUGACAAAAAUAUUGAUAUCGUACUCAAAAUCGUAUAUCCGGUUAUGUUAAACCAAUAUAUUUGUUCACUGUUAUUAUAAGUAUUGAUAAUUUCAUGUUUUAAGGAUUUCAUUUUUCUGUUGUCCGCGUAUGGAAACUCGGCUCAACUUACAAUGAUUAGUAUGUUGUUUAAAAAAGUAUUAGAUAUUAAUAUCAGAUUGUAAUCUUCCUAUCUUGUCUUCAUAUAUAGAACAUGCUCUUAUAAGUCCCUUAUCAUUGAUUUCCUGUAAGAAGAUUAAUAAAAUUUUAGAGAUUAGUCGCCCCAUCAUGAGGCACGUUUCAAAGGGUAUAGUUAUACUGUGUCUGUCUAUGUUGUACAAUUCCUAUUUAGUUUUUGCUUUUAUACGUGCCUUUAUCACAAGCUUUGUAGCACCUACAUAUAUAUGGCUGUUUCAUUGUGUAUUUGAAUUACAACCUAUGUUAUUUUUUCCUUUGUUUGUCCAUGUAAAUGGUGUUGGUAUAUUUUUUGUUGACUGUGUAUAUUUUUUUCCUCAUUGUUUAUUACCGUUUACUCACUGUAAAUGCUGUGCACGCUCAUGCGUCAUACUAUAUUAAAUAAUCUUGAUCAAUAGAUUGUCAAUUAGUUACUUAAAUUUGAUGUAUAUAUGUGCUGGUACUACCCCGCUACUUAUACCAGUAUAUGCAGGGUGAAGUUCGCGUUCCGAACUCAAUUAUUGAAAGUCUAGUGUUUCAAGCAUUUCACUCUUCGCCGUAUAAGAUGUUAAUCCAACCCUACGAUUGUCACUUUUCCCACGAAUAGCUUGGCGUCAAAAUGCUAGACUAGCGAUUAAAACUCAGGUAACAUUAAUUGUUGAUGUUAUUCUUGUGUAAUGCAAGAUUACAAGAAAAAUAUCAGUUCACAAUUCAUUGAUAACUAUAUUCGACCAAAUAAUAUUAAAUCUCGUUGAAUGUUCAAUCCAUUCGUUUUAUUUCUCUGAAACUUUUUUCUCAUCCAUAGGAGGAGUGUAAAACCAAAGAAGAACAAGCUGAUAUAAGUGUAGUCGAUGUUUCUGGAUUUUAAAAUCAUUCCUGUAUCUUUCAAAGAUAAUAAAUUACUUAUUUGACUUGUGUAUACAUUUAUUUCAAGAUAGGCAUGCGGUGUGUUCGUAAGUAAAUUGUGCAAAGUACUCGGAAAGAAUUUAUUCCUUGCGGACCUUUUUAUUUUAUCUCUGCUCACUUUUCAGUUGUUUUGAUUAAUUUUCAAACGCAAAUUUUACCCUUUCUCAGCAAAUUUGUAUACAUUUAAGUUAGUUCUUUCUGUUGAUCCCUUUUAUUAAAUUAUCAGUUAACUUUCUUUAAAAUAAUUUCCCCACAUAUGCCUUUCAUUAAAAAAAAGAAGGCUGCUCAAAUCAAUUUUGCAUAUCACUGUUUUUUCAAGAAAAUAUUACUAUUACCUCUGAUAUUACAAUUUACUUUCUGUGGUGGUUUUGUAUAUUUGAUCAACAUUCCAAGUAAAAUUAAUCAUUUAUUUUGUAUUAUUAGCUCUGUUUUGUAAUGGUGAUAAUUUUUGUUUUUAAAUAGUUUCAUUGUAUCGUUUUUGUGACAUUUACUUCAAUGAAAACGGUUCUUUUCUUUCAUUUUUUAAAUACGCAUUUUAUAUAAUGUUUGUAUUUUUCAGCGUCAUUGUUUUAACUCUCCUCUGUUCAAUGUGUGUGACUGCACAAAGCCUAUGGUGAUAAUUAGUAUACAUUUGGUAGUAGACAUGAAUAAUUAUAUUACUGACUAGACUAACCUUAAAGUUCACAUUGGUACAUUGUCUUUUAUAGUGUUUACUUGAUGUUGCCAUGUGAUUAAAUGUACUGAAAGUAUAGUAUUUGUAUACACUGGUCUGGCUAACAACCACAUUUAUGAAUUCGUACGCACUUCACUGACCUGAUAUAUUCCUUCAAAACGUGCAGGAUGAUUUACAGACCUUAAAACUCAGUAUUAAAGUAGAAAAAAUAAUUUGAACCGAAGCUUUUAUUCAGGUUAAAUUAACAUAACAGCUUUUGUUUAUGUUAGAAUAUUUGUUGAAGGUUUUAAUGAUCUAAAACGGAAGAGCCAGUGACACUUAAAAGAAACGCAGAAAUCGAUGUCAACAAAAUCUUAGGUUACUGUUGUAUUAUGAUAAAGUUGGUAUUAUUCGUUUUGUUCUCCAAACUUUUUAGAGGUGUAUCCAUGUUAUUCGGCACUUGUCUUCUAGAAAUCUUCAAGAAUGACAACUUUUGUUUCUUUCUUGACUUUAUAUUGAUUAUCACUGACAUGAUUUUAAAACGAAAUUCUAGUGGUCGAUUUUCUCAAGUAGUAUAAUUGAUUCUACCACUCUCUUGAAAAAACAACUUGGUAGUACUUGAUGAGUAAUCCGUUACCCUACCAACUGUUAUCUCAGACACACCUUUGACUACUCUGAAUUGCUAUCCAGUCAUUAGAGUGUGAGAAUCCUAAUACUCACAUCAAUGAAGAUUGUACAAGCAAGGGAAUUUAGAGUAAUAAACAAGAAUAGUAUGUACUUAUCUGUAUUUAAGUCUCUUAACGGAGCUAAAAUUAUCAAAAUAAAUUUGUAAACUAUCAACCUUACAUACUAACGAGGUACGGCAACUUGAGCCGAUGCAUAUGUGUGCCUGGUUCUACGUUGUAGCUGACUGACUUUUUGAUAAUUGGAAGGUAGUUUAAUACCUGGAUAGAUUUUCAUGUUUUACAAUUGAUUUUUCUAGCAAAUUCAUAACUUUUCGAGCUUAUUUAUUUAUUGCAGUAGGUUAAUUUUUAUUUGUAAUACGAUUAAUUCUGUGGAAUUUAUCAUCAGAUAAAGGAGUCUUAGUUUACGUUCCAAAAAUCUGAAAGGGUAUAAAAUUGUUAUCACCAACAUGCAGAAGCUUCUGUGAUACUUCAAUGGCGUACCGCUAUAAACGAGUAUACAUCAUAAAAUUCAGAUCGAUAGAUUCUGUAAGAAAGUGAUAUUUGCAGAAAAAUCCACAGUGAUCGCGGGUCGCUAGCAAGAUGUUAUUUUCAAGUUCUGUACUAGCCCAUAACUUCUUAAUGCUCUUAAACACUUAGCGGUCUUUUAGAUGAUGUGGAAUUUUUGGUGAAAUCUAUCAUCAAUACUCUAAAAUCAAUCCAUCAGAAUGAACACUACAGUUCUUCAAAAUUCCUACUGAAUUUCAGUAUUUUAUCUCGGGUGGAUUUUGUUAAGAGAAAUUGUCUUUAGGCAAAGUAUCUUGCUCCAGUUUGCUCUUAAUUUUCAUAUAAUAGAUAUAUGACUUUUAGUUAGUAGUAUGUUAUCAACGUUCUUUAAUUUGUAUUUACUUUGGGAUUUGGCUAUUUGUUGUUGAUCCUGAAUUAGUUUAAUCAAGUGAGUAUUAGAGAUGUGUGGAGGACAGUCACUUCCCGGUUUCCCUCACUAUAGAAAAAUACUUGGGAAGGAAACUGAACUAGUAGAGGUCUUGGCGACCACAGAAUCCACGGGCUUUUUGCGGGUUCUUGAUUUGUUAGCUCCCUACUUUAAAAGCCUUAACACCAGAAACGAAAAUCCAUGAGACAAGGUAUGCUAUUUUUAGGGCCACCUUUACUAACCCCUUCCGUUGUAGGAAGGCAGUUACUGGUUGUCUUAGAGGAACGCCUUACUACCGUCAUAGCUCAGUGCAGCUACCAAUGCGACUUCACCCUCGGAUCUUAAGGCGUUGCUUUUGCCUUACUUUCCUCCUACCAACUUGUUUACCAUGAUAAAAUCGAAAGGAUUGAUGACCAAACCUGAACAUUUGAUCAAGGUACCAGCUAUCAUUGGGAAUUCGUCUUGUCUAACACUACGGUGUUAGUUUAUUUAAUAUGUACCAAGAACCAUUCACCACCACCCUAUUUUUAGGAUGUCUGACAGCUUAUCCACGAAACAACUUCGACUACUUUACUAAUAAAUUAUUGUUAACACUGUAAGUUAUGGUGGAUUUCAGCAUACAACUACUUUUUAUUAUUGGUCACCAUAAUAGUUAGCAAUUCAACAUAAUUUCAUUUUUCUCAUUGGUAUACUUUAUUCUUUAGACUAGGUAGUUUCAUACCGUCGUUUGCCCGCAAAUGUCUGUUGGUGUAUUCAAAAUGAUGAUGAACAUAAUAAAUUGUUGAACCCUCCUAUUAACUUUACUGACAGCUAAGGUGAUUGAAGUAUUUGAGAAUACAAUCUAUCAACUGAACGGAUACCGGAAUCCCAACUGAAUAGAUUUCUGAAGGCACAUAGAGAAAGAAUGUAACCUGGAAAUAUACAGAUGAGAUUCUGUAUGGAAUACGUAUAUACUUUAAGAAUAAGGUCUAUUAUGAAUUUCUACAAAAUUUAAUAAAAUCUAUGUGCAUG